AUGGGCCAAAUACUUUCCCAACCCGUCACGGAGAAGUCUUCCGAAGAAGGUGGAGACGCCGAUCUCAAAUAUGCUCUAUCCUCGAUGCAAGGCUGGAGAGUGAGAAUGGAAGAUGCCCAUGCCAUGGUUUUGAACCUCAACAAAGAUGAUGACAGCACUGCAACUGAUAAGAUUGCCUUUUUUGGUGUUUAUGAUGGCCAUGGAGGUGAGAAAGUUGCCAUUUUCACCGGUGACAAGAUGCACGAUGUCAUCAAGGAAACCGACGCCUUCAAGAAGAAAGACUACUCCCAGUCCCUUAAAGAUGGAUUUUUGGCUACCGACGUCGCCAUUCUAGCAGAUCCUAUUCUGAAAAAGGAUCCAAGUGGAUGUGCUGCCACUUCGGCCAUCAUUACCCCCACCAAAAUCGUGUGUGGUAAUGCUGGUGACUCCAGAACCAUCAUGUCUGUUAAGGGCCAGGCUAAGGCCCUGUCAUACGACCAUAAGCCCACAAACGAGGGCGAGAAGACCCGUAUCUGUGCUGCUGGUGGAUUUGUGGAUAUGGGCAGAGUCAACGGUAAUCUGGCAUUAUCGCGUAGUAUAGGUGACUUUGAGUUUAAGGACUCACCAGAGCUUCCACCUGAAGAACAGGUGGUGACUGCCUUCCCAGAGAUCGUCGAGCACACAAUCACUUCAGAGGAUGAGUUUGUGAUUCUCGCAUGUGAUGGUAUCUGGGAUUGUCUCACCUCGCAACAGGCCAUUGAUUUUGUUAGAAGAGGUGUCCAGCAGGGCGAGACUCUAGUGCAAAUCUGUGAGUCCAUGAUCGACGUAUGUCUCGCUCCUACCUCCGGAGGAUCUGGUAUUGGUUGUGAUAACAUGUCUAUACUGAUAGUUGCGUUGCUGCAAGGACGUACGUUGGAAGAAUGGUACGAAUUCGUGAAGUCCCAGAUCCCGGAAUCCACAAAGUUCCCCACUCCAGAUGAACUUUCUGAGUCAAUGUACGAUGUCGACAUCAAGACAAAGUUUGAUAAGUUUGGCAGAAAGCCAGAAUUAGAUUUCGACUCUGGGGUGGACAACGAGGAUGCUCCGAACGGCAGAAGAUUCCCCAUUUCAAUCAGCGAUUUGGUGGCCUCCGGCUCUUUCCAGUCUCGAGACGGUGUUGUGUAUCUAGACAACUCCGGUGCAUCCAUUUUAGCACAGCUGGGUGUUACCCAGGCAUUCGGUGGUGAAGACCAUGACGAGGAUGACGAUGUGGAAGAUGGUAUGGAUACAGAGGAGGAUCAGAGCAAGAUAGAGCUUGUGGAAGAGGGGGAAUAG